AUGAUGGUAAAAGCAGUGAAAGGUAAAAAGAAAGCUAGAGAAAUAACAUCAACAGAAACUGUUGAUUUAAGACGCCGAAAUUUGCUACCAAGUCGUGAUAUCAUUACAAGCACCGCGAUUGCUUCACCGGUUUAUCCAUGUGAUGAGAAAAAUUCACCAAAUUAUAUGAUUUACUGUCAGGGUGAGCUGUUACAUGCCGUAUCAUUAAGCAAUAUCUUCAAAGAUACGAAAACAUUCGUGGAUAAACCGAUGAAGAAAGAACCGGAAGAAAUAAUCAAUGCUUUCAACAAAAAAUUUUCUUCCCAAAUUAGCAUCAGUGAUCGAGAUGAGUUGCUUUCCUUUGUGAAUGAAUAUUUUGAUGUGGAAGGAAGUGAUAUCCAAGAGUGUCCGGAAGAUACGAUGGAAGAUUGGGACGAUGAGCCAGAGUAUCUCGUGGCGAUCGAAGAUCAGGAACUACGUCAAUUUGCUUUGGAAAUCCAUGCGUUAUGGAAAAAACUCUGUCAUAUCGUUAAGCCUGAGGUAAAGGAUAAUCCGAAACGUUAUUCGGUAUUAUAUUUGCCAUAUGAAUUCAUGAUAGCAGGUGGUCGAUAUCGGGAAUUUCAUUAUUGGGAUACUUAUUGGAUUAUUAAGGGUUUACUUGCUUCAGGUAUGCAUGAAACUGUAAAGCACAUACUUCAAAAUUUUAAAUAUUUGAUUGAAAAAUAUGGUUAUAUACCAAAUGGUGGCCGUACUUAUAUGCUACAACGUACUCAACCACCGUUUUUUAUUCCAAUGGUUUACGAAUAUCAUACCGUAACGGAGGAUGAUGAAUUCCUGCUCAGUGUUAUGGGUCCUAUGGAAACGGAAUUUGCAUUUUGGAAAAAAUAUCGGACAAGAAUUAUUUCAAAAAAUGGCAAAAAUUAUACAAUAUUCCAAUAUAUUUCUCCUGUAAAUACACCUCGUGCAGAAGCAUAUCGUAGCGAUUUUUUUGUGGCUGAAAAUGCACCGGAAAUAAAACGUCGACAAAUAUGGAAUGAUAUUAAUAGUGCUGCCGAAUCCGGAUGGGAUUUCAGUAGUCGAUGGCUUAGCAAUAGUAAAACGAUGGAUACUAUUGAAACAUCAAAUAUUGUACCUGUUGAUUUAAAUGCAUUAAUGUGUUGGAAUAUGGAAAUUUUAGCACAUUUACACGGAGAAAUCGGUGAUUCAAGUCGUCGAGCAGAAAUAAACAUUGAAAGGGCAAAAUUUGUUGAUACAUUUGAAGCGGUAUUUUUUGAUGAACGUGAAGGUUCAUGGUUUGAUUUUAAUUUAAAUACCGGUGAACGUGUAGAUGAUACAUAUCCAUCUAUAGCUGUCCCCUUAUUUACCGAAUGUUAUAGUAGUUUAAAUAAUCCAAUGUUGGUUGAUGUACUUGGAACGUUACAACGUAAAGGAUUAUUACAAUUUCCGGGUGGUAUACCUGCAAGUUUGAUUCGUAGUUCGAAUCAACAAUGGGAUUAUCCUAAUGGUUUUGCUCCAAUCAAUCAUAUGGUUAUCGAAGGUUUACGGAAAUCAAAUCAUCCGAUUAUGCAACAAAAAGCAUUUGAGUUAGCGAACAGAUGGAUCAAUCGAAAUUACAAAGUUUAUCAAACUAAUCAAAAAUUAUGGCAGCAAUAUGAUGUAGCCAAAGAUCACAUACGACCAGCAAAAGAUGACAAUUAUGGUAAUGAGGAAGGUUAUGGAUGGACAAAUGGUGCAUUGUUAGAUUUAAUGGUAACAUAUAGUAAACGAAUUAGUGUUUCCGAUAAAAUUGCUCCAACGGAUAUAUCCGAAAUAAUCGAUAACGAACCAAUUGAUUUAUUAAUGAAAAAGUUAGAAGAUUUGUUUGGUUCAUGGAUAUCUGUAAAGAAACGUUUAAUACGUACUGCUUCUUAUAUCCUGAAAUGCAAUUGA